AUGGCAACGAUGCCUGGCAGUCAGGGGCAUCCGACCACAGCUGGCGGCAGUGCCUCCUCCCCAGACAGGGGGAAGCCGGUGCCCAGGAACCUUUCAAGGGCAAGAACAUCAUCUACUGCAGAUGUUGGGGAGACUCAAAUCAUGCAAGCCGAUCCUCACCACCAUCCAUGGCAGGCCUGCGGCAGCCGAACCCUGGAGUUUGAGCCGCCUCGCGGACCCCGGCUGACCCGCUUUCCGGCCUGCGGGCCCCUGGAGCCCUACCUCCCAGAGCCCGCCAAGCCGCCCGCCAAGUACCUGCAGGAUCUAGGGCCAGGCCCAACGCUCAACGGCAGCCACUUCUACGAAGGCCCCGCGGAAGCUGAGGAGAAGGCCUCCAAAGCUGCCAGCUUCCCCCAGCUGCCCUUGGACUGCCGAGGGGGCCCCAGAGACGGACCCUCUAACUUGCAAGGCUCCCCAGGACCCUGCCUGGCCAGUCUGCGUGUCCCUCUUUCCCCUGGACUCCCUGACUCCAUGGAGUUGGCCAAGAACAAGAGCAAGAAGCGUCGUAACCGCACCACUUUCAGCACAUUCCAGCUGGAGGAGUUGGAGAAAGUCUUCCAGAAAACUCACUACCCUGAUGUGUACGCCCGGGAACAGCUGGCUUUGCGCACGGACCUAACUGAGGCCAGGGUACAGGUCUGGUUCCAGAACCGCAGAGCCAAGUGGCGGAAGCGUGAGCGUUAUGGAAAGAUGCAGGAGGGGCGAAACCCCUUCACAGCAGCCUAUGACAUCUCUGUGCUGCCCCGCACUGAUAGCCACACCCAGCUGCAGAACUCCCUGUGGCCCAGCCCAGGAUCUGGGAGCCCAGGGGGGCCCUGCCUUGUGUCUCCAGAGGGCAUCCCCUCCCCGUGCAUGUCUCCAUAUCCCCAUUCCCAUGGGAAUGUGGCUGGCUUCAUGGGGGUUCCAGCAUCCCCCGCAGCCCACCCUGGCAUCUACUCCAUCCAUGGCUUUCCCCCAACCUUGGGCGGCCACAGCUUUGAGCCCUCCCCAGAUGGCGACUACAAGUCCCCAAGCCUUGUCUCACUCAGGGUGAAGCCCAAGGAGCCACCUAGCCUGCUGAACUGGACCACGUGAUAAGCGGUGUGGACACAGAGAUUAAGCUGCCUGUCUCCUUUUCAGUCCUCAGUUGCUCCC